GCAAAAGUGAAUGUCACUGUGAGCAGUGUGGCAGAAGAUUCGCAUAAUCUGUGUGAUAACAGGGUUGCUGUGACACCGCUGCAAGGAAAGACAGACACAGUGAUAAAACCUUUGAUUGUGAAGCCAGGAGGCAUACUACAAGAGAAGACCCAAAAUGCCUUUCUCUGUGCUACAGAUAACACAGUCUCUGAAGAAUUCUCCCUGACUCUGCCUGAAGAAACACUGGAGGGAUCUGGCCGAGCCACUUUCUCUGUGAUUGGUGAUAAAGGCUUUCCUUGCUCUUGGGUCCUAGUGGGAAAAGAUUGCCACA